UCCUGUACUUAAACUCCCACCAACAACCCGCCCACACAUUUCUACACCAUGGCCGACGUCAAGGGGCCAACGAUCGCCUCCAACAAGAUGGCCAUGUCCCGCGCCCUCGGAGCGGCGUUCCUCAACCACCAAGUCCAACAGCUGGAGAAGACUGUCGGAUCUGGAGGUGAAAACUGGCGUGACCGGCGCACGCCCAACCCCCAAGGCCACAACGAGGGCAAGCGCCCCCGCGGCGCCCCCGCCAAACCGGCACGGAAGCGGGACGGGGAGACUACGGAGAUAGACGAGGAGAAGGGCAGACAGGGGGGAGGCAAGGCGGAGAAGGAUGCAGACAUCAUCGUCGUCGACGCGAGCGUGCUCGUGCAUGCGAUUCACCAGGUCAAGAAGUGGUGCCGCGAAGGCCGCGAGGAGAUCGUAAUCGUACCGCUCGAGGCCCUCAACACCCUAGACUUGCUCAAGAAGGGCAUGAGCUCGCUCGCGCAGCGUGCCCGUGCGGCAUCUCGCGUCCUGGAGGCCCAAGUCGGCACGAACCAGCGUAUCCGCGUGCAGCGCGACGAUGCAUUCGUGCUCUGGGACGAGGUCUUCGAGAACCAGGCGCCACCGACGGGCUCGCCUGAGUGGGUCCGACGCACCAUCUGCUGCGCACGUUGGGAGGUCAACCAUGCCACUGACGAGGUCGACGCCAGCCCGGUCAACGCGGGCCCCGGCAAGGUCGGUGGCAUGCAACCCCGCGUCCUUCUCGCUGUGCUCUCCCAGGCCCCGGAGGCACAGUCCGAGGCUGUUUUCAUACCAAACAACCACCUUUCGGCGUCCCCUGUACCCCUUCCCGCGCCUCAGACGAACAGGCACGAGCCGCGUUCCUCUGGAGCGCUUGUCGCACUCUGGGCAGCUAAGGCAGGCCUCAAGGUUCUGGAGGUACCUCCCACCCCGUCCGCUGUCAACGGUACCCCCCGCAACACGUCUCCUGGUGGCGAUGGGCGGCGCUCCCCCCAGGCCACCCGGCGCCCCAACGAGGAUGAACGUGCGAAGCGUGGCGGCCGCCGGAACUCGUACUUGCGGAACGGAGAGCGUGGAAGCAGCCCUGUCACCGUGCGUCCUGGUGCCGGAACUGGCCUCGUGGAAAGACCACCCGCGGUCAUGGCUAUGAUGGAGGCGGUGGCUCAGCCGAGUCGAGUGGUCCGUGUGCUUGCGCGUGGCGAGAAGCUCGAGCCAGACACAUGACGUGCGACGGAAAGUGCUGUUGACAAUAUUUGAGCUACAGACUCGCAUUCGGCUAUUGGCUAUUGCUUCCCACCCCGCGUACGGACACCGUCUGUACCCAGGCGUGCAGAGUCGCAGACGAACGACGGUCUGACGGUCGUUCCGGUGGCGGAGGGCGCUCCGACUAACGCAACGCAUGUUUCGGUGGACUCGAGACGGCACGGAGGCAGCAAGUCUGGCGCCGUUGCACAGCAAUAUUGACCGGUGUGGUUACGGGUCAUUGACAUUGCCUCGGCGGAUGACCUGACUGGUGUCUACAUCAUGCAUCAUUCAUAGUACAUCUUGGAUCUGUUGGUUUUGUGAUCCUAUGCCCCCGUAUGGUCCUCAUCUCUCUCCCACAUACAUGUAUUUUGGGUUACCUUGUACUGUAUGGCUCGCGCGCAUCCUAUAUGAAUCUUUUAUUCCUUCA